CUCAGUUACAAGAUGGCGAACACUCGGGACAGUGAUACAUCUUUGUGGCUCCACAAUAAACUUGGAACAUCGAAUGAUUCGUGGACAACCGGCUCAAUUUGUACACAAUUAAAUGCUGAAGUUUUGAAGAAUAUCAAGGAUUGUUUUCCGGACUUGCAAACACAAGUGAAAUUGAAAUUAUUGUUAAGUUUCUUUCACAUCCCGCGCAGAAAUGUUGAAGAGUGGAAAAAUGAGCUGGAGGAGAUUAUUGAGGUUGCGGGAGUGGACUCGGACCUGUGGGUGGCCAUGCUCGCCGAGACGCUCAAGACAUUCCCCUCUACCGGCAUCCUCAACACCGAGAUAUCUGAGUUUGACGAGACUAGACCAAUAUUUAGUGAUAUGAUCGGCGAGCUGAGGAGAGCCUUGGCUAAACAUGCAGAUUUGAACCUAUUGCCACUUGAGUGCCUAUAUUUAAAUAAGAAUGCCUUGGUUUCUGUGGUGGGCCAACAAGCCAGUCCCCAGAAACAUUUUACACUAAAACGUAAACCUAAGUCAGUAGCAUUACGUAGCGAGCUCCUAGCUAAAGCUAAUGAAGUCCUGGCCAAUCAGAAGAAGGCCCAGGCGCCCACUGUGCCUGUCAGAAGCAGAGGAAUGCCGAGGAAAAUGACUGAUACUACCCCCCUAAAAGGCCUCCCGUCCCGCUGGGCGGCGCGCAACAGCGGCGGCGUGCGGCCCGCGCCCGUGCCCGCGCGCCCCCCGCCCCGCUCCGGGAUCAAGUUGCUCGACAUCACGGAGCAGCCCGCCACGCACGCGCAGAUCAAGAAGAGGAGGAAACUCGAAAUGGAGGAGGGUGCCAAGAAGGCGCCUCCGCCCGCGCCGUCGCCGCCGCCGCCCGACUUCGCGGCCAAGGGCGCCAACAACCUGCCCGCGCCCAAGCCAGAGGAGGCGCCUGCUGUACCAGCGCCGCCGCCGGCGACCGCCGCCAAUCCCGAGGCGCCGCCCUCCCCGCCCGCGCCCCGCGCCGAGCCCGACCGCGUCGCGCCCACCACCACUGUUGUGUCGAGUACAGGCGCGAAGCCCAUCGUGCUCUCCGGGCAGGGGGGCAAGCUACUACUGGCGCGCGAGGCGGGAGGGAAGCCGCUGUUGGUGGCCGCGCAGGGACUGUUGUCGUCAGCCGUGCUGCUGCAGGCAGGCAAGGCGGUGUUGUUGCAGAAUGUGAAGACGCCGACAGCCGGUACAGUGGUGGCGCCGCGAGCCUCGCUGCCCCCGCCCGCGCUCACCUCCAUACAGCCGCAGAUAAAUACGCACCACAACCUACCCACGCAGGUGGUGCAGCCGGUACAAGUGGCUCCUCAACAAGUGCAGCCGCAGGCGUCCCCCGCCGCGCUGCCCGCGCCGCCGCUGCUGCCUAGGCGGGGGCUGUCGCUCACGCGUGAACAAAUGUUGGAGGCUCAGGACAUGUUCAGGAACGCGAACCGCGUCACGCGGCCGGAGAAGGCGCUCAUACUCGGGUUCAUGGCUGGUUCCAGAGACAACCCGUGUCCGAACCUCGGCAACAUAGUGACAAUAAAACUCUCCGAGAACAUCGAGAAUGUUCUACAGUCGGACGACACGUACUUGACCAUGCUAUCCGAAAUGCACUUCCAAAUGAACUACAAUAACGGACAGUGGACGAGACUCAAGAAAUACCGCCACAUCGACGGAAUGGUCCCACAGAAGAUACCUCCAGGGUCCACAGUCAUCUCCGCCAAUAACCAGCAACCGGUCGUGUCGAUAGCCAAUCAGAGCGUGAGUUGAGGCGGCCGACCAAUCGCGGCGUAGAUCGCAUAACGGCCUAUUUGAGUAGUAUAAAAGUUGUUGUUUUUCGUCGUACGUUUUGGUUAGUUUUUAUCCGAGAGGUUGCGUUUUGUUGGUAGCGAUAUAUUAUCUAAUAGUUUUGUAAAGCUUUCGAUAUUGAAGCGUUUGCGUAAGAGUUUAAGGUCUGUAUUGUGACGUCGAGUAUUUUGUUAUGCGCCAUUUUGGUUGCAGCAAGUUGUGGAAAUAUUUUUUUAUACAUAAUACCUUGUGUUAAGUCCUACUUGUCUUCUAUUCUUCUUUCUUGUCCGAUAAUUUUUAGUAACAGUAACGCUAUAGUUUUGAACUUAACAUUCUUGUUUCGUUAAUAGCAAUGAUCUCAAUGGAUACUUUGGUGUUCACAUAAUUGUUUAUGUAUUCUCAUGAAUACUUUGCAAUAUUUUCAUUGAGUGUCUGUUCAUAAAAAAUCGGAAUGAUUAUUUUGCAAUUGUGCCAAAACUGUCUAAUGAGUAUUUUAACGUAAGGACAUAAGUUUAUGAAAAAUCUGUUGUCUUGUUUCAUAUAUUUUAACUAAAAUAUCAUUUAGCUCUGUUCCUUAAUAACACAAUGCAUUAGAGUGUUAUUUGCAAUAGCGUGAAAAGAUAACUACUAAUUAAUUAUAUGAGGACGCUGAGUCUAUCGGAUCUAAAUGUAUUAUGUAUUAUAAUAUAUCCCCAUUGCCUUGAAUUAUACAUAUGUGAAAUUUUAUACAGUAUACAUCAUAUAAAAGCCUUAUUAUUACACACCAAUAUUAUGUAGAACCGAACCUCGCUAGAUUAUAAUAUUGUAGUCAGCUACUUAUGGAUUUGAAAUAUAAAUCAGCAAAAGAGCAUCUACUAUAAAGGCAGUUACCGAAAAAAAUAUUUUUUAAUCUUCCUACUAAUAAUACAUACAGUUAAGUAUUCAGAAACAAUAGCCCGUUCGGAUAAAGAAAUUAUAUGUAAAUGGCGGACAAUAGUAAUAUGCUCCUUCUCUGCCACCUAUGUACGAUGUACGUACCGGCAGCAAUAUCAAUAUGUUAUCGUUCAAUAUAUUAUCAAAUAUUAUGUUUGUUCAUUUAUAUGACUUGUUUAAUAACCCAUCUUCUAUUGGCCAGUGUCAGGAAAUCAAUGCAUCCCCAUUCAAU